UUGGCUCGCAUAAAGUGGAGAAAAGUUUUUAGACCCCCUCCCCUGUAUGUUUUUGUUGGGGGAAAAAAGUUGUUGCUAGUUAGGUCGUGUGAAUGUAGCGUGUCCGUCGUUUUUUUUUUAAUUUUUUCGCCCCUCGGUAACAGAGGGGGAAUGCGAGUUUUUAGUUUAGUAAAGUCGGAGAGAGAGCUUUCGAGCAGGGUUUUUAACGCUUUACGUCCUCUGGCUCGGACUGAAAAUCUCAGUGGCCAUCAUCGUUUCACCUCUGCCGUCUCGUUAGCCACCUAGCUAGCUCCACCGCUAGCUAACUACUCAACAAAGUUAACGCUACCUCGCCUCUUUUAGUGUGUGUUUCUUGUGGUAACUUUUUUGGGGGGUGAAGAGAGAAGAAAACCCAACCGCAGAGAUGGCGGAAACCAAAAUAAUUUAUCAUAUCGACGAAGAGGAGACGCCGUACUUGGUGAAGAUACCCAUUGCUGCCGAAAAUAUCACUUUGCUGGAUUUUAAACAGGUCUUGAACAAGCCAAACUACAAAUUCUUCUUCAAGUCUAUGGACCAGGACUUCGGGGUGGUGAAAGAAGAGAUUUCCGAUGACGGCGCCAAGUUACCGUGCUUCAACGGCAGAGUGGUGUCAUGGCUGGUAUCUUCAGACACUCCAGCAGCAGAUCCUCCAGUGGCAGUGGUUCCUCCUGUGGAAACGACAACCCAGCCCUCACCCCCUCCUCCGCCCCUGCCACCCCCACCUGCAGAGAGGACAGGGGGCAUCGGGGACUCCAGACCACCCUCCUUCCAUCCCAAUGCCACAGGCAGCGUGGAGACUCUGGACGAUCAGACUGAAACCGAGUCUGUAGUUUCUUUUAGGAGAGAGAGACCUCGUCACAGAGAGAGCAUGGAGCAACAUGGGCCUCGUAUGAACGGCCAGAGUCGUCUGGAGCGCCACCUGGCGGGAUAUGAGAGCUCCAGCACAGUGAUGAGCAGCGAGCUGGAAACGACCAGUUUCUGUGACUCAGAGGACGACGACACCAUGAGCAGGUUCAGCAGCGCAACAGAGCAGAGCACAGCCUCCAGGCUUCUCAAACGGCACCGUCGACGCAGGAAACAGCGCCCCCCACGCCUGGAGAGGGCCUCCUCCUUCAGCAGCGUGACAGACUCCACAAUGUCCUUGAACAUCAUCACCGUCACUCUCAACAUGGAGAAGUACAACUUCCUGGGCAUCAGCAUUGUCGGUCAGAGCAAUGAAAGAGGCGAUGGAGGCAUCUACAUCGGCUCCAUCAUGAAGGGAGGAGCUGUGGCUGCGGACGGACGCAUAGAACCUGGCGACAUGCUGCUGCAGGUGAACGACAUCAACUUUGAGAACAUGAGUAAUGACGACGCAGUGCGGGUGCUGAGAGAGAUCGUACACAAGCCAGGGCCCAUCAUCCUCACAGUGGCUAAGUGCUGGGACCCUUCUCCUCAGGGCUACUUCACUCUGCCUCGCAAUGAACCGAUCCGGCCCAUCGACCCAGCAGCGUGGGUAAGCCACUCAGUGGCCAUGACCGGGGCUUACCCUCCCUACCCAGGCAGCUCCUCCCUCAGCACCAUCACCUCCUCCUCCUCUGUCACCGAGACCGAACGUUUCGACGACUUCAACCUAUCACUACACUCUGACAUGGCGUCAGUCGCCAAGGCCAUGGCCUCACCUGAGUCUGGUCUGGAGGUCAGGGACCGCAUGUGGCUCAAAAUCACCAUCCCCAACGCUUUCCUCGGCUCGGACGUCGUCGAGUGGCUGUUCCACCACAUCGAGGGUUUCCAGGACCGCCGCGAAGCCAGGAAGUACGCCAGCAACCUGCUGAAGGCCGGCUUCAUCCGGCACACCGUUAACAAGAUCACCUUCUCUGAACAGUGCUACUACGUGUUUGGGGACCUGAGCGACUGCGAGAACUACAUGGCCAAUCUGUCCCUGAAUGACAACGAUGGCUCCAGCGGUGCCUCAGACCAGGACACCUUGGCCCCCCUGCCGCUCCCCGGGGCCUCACCGUGGCCCAUGAUGCACACCUUCCCCUAUCAGCCCUACCCCACACAUCCCUACUCCAGCCAGCCGCCUCCGUACCACGAGCUCACCAGCUACAGCUACGCCCCCGGCAGCACAGGCAGCCAGCACAGUGAAGGGAGCCGGAGCAGCGGGUCGACGAGAAGCGAGGGUGAGCGACGUCGCAGCAGUAAAGGUCCCGGCAGCACUGUGGGCGGAGGGGAGAAAUCCCCCUCCGGCGGGGGCGGAGAAGGUGGCGGGGCUGACUCACGCUCCGGCAGCGGUAGCGAAUCGGAGUACUCCACCCGCAGCAGCCUGCGGCGCGGCCACGGUUCCGCUGCCCCCAGCGAGCACAGCCACGCCUCCUCCCAGCGCUCGCACCACCACCGCAUGCCCCAGCCGCCCCACAUGUCCCCCUACCCGCCGGGCAUCCUGCCUUACAACCCCAUGAUGGUAAUGAUGGUGCCCCAGCACCCGCACCCGGCCAUGGCGGCCGCUCAUGCCCUCCCUCACACGCAGCAGCUGCCCACACCUUCCAUGCAUCCAGCUUUACCUCCGCCCCCUUCCUCCACUCCGGGGGGACCUCCCGGUGCACCACCCACCCGUGACCUUGGCUCGGUACCCCCAGAGCUGACUGCAUCGCGCCAGUCGUUCCACCUGGCCAUGGGCAACCCCAGCGAGUUCUUUGUGGAUGUCAUGUAGUUUUUCAGUGUUGAGUGACCAUUCAUGUGAAGUUAGUGUACGGUUCCCACUUGUUUUGACGAGGAUCUGGUGGUAGCUUGUUGAGCUCACAAGUGCCUAUUGGAUUGAGGGCACUUGUUACAAAUUUGGUGAGAACAGGGUUUAAUAUUGACAAAGAAAAUAAGACAAAAUGAAAAGAUAUGUGGGAUAUGGUCUGAUUAGAUGUGUCUACAAAGUCUAGUUUCUCUCAUUCAGAAUCAUUAUAUAACUCAUUUCUUUCAAAUCUAAAUCAACAAAGAUCAGCUCUGCUUUCUUAUUUCUGCUUAGAGUGAAUUUGUUUUUCUCAAAGAGCAAACUCUCACUCUGGUUACGCAGUUCUCAAAACAGAAAUAUAAUCUCUUAAGAGGGAAAGCACCUUCCCAAAUCAGCCAUGUAUCUCAGAGCUGCCCAUCCAGGAAACGCACAGACCACAGUUUAACACUAGAGGGCGCCAGGUACACUGAGUACUUGAAAAGGAUACAAUCCUAUACAUACAUCUGGAUCAUGCCAGAGUCGCUGGCGGCACAGGGGGCAUAUCAAGUGCCUUACUCUUUUACAUUUUUAGAGACGUUUUUUUUCACACUCCAAGUACAUAAAAAAAAACUCCUCUUGUUCCAGCAUUGUUUGACAAUGAACUUUUUCUGUAUAUAUCUACUACUCCUAUGUAAAUGCAAUAACACAGAACAGCAAGCUCUAAUGUGAAAAGAAAAUAGGUCCAAAUAUGUCAGGUGAACUUGUGUUUAGUAAUCACUGUCUAGGCCUAGUCGUCAAAUAAAACUCUUUUUGUGAGGAGUACCAUGGUUUGUGGUAUGGGACUGUAGAGGCUUAAUGGUACUAGUUGGUGAAAAUAAGAUACUGAAAGCGGUACUUUCUGAUUACAUGCAGUGUAUAUCUUAAGUUACUGUGAUCCAAACGCCCCAGCUCCCCAUGCUUAUUUUUAUGUUACUGACUCGCAUUAUUCACCUAUUUCAUUUUUUGUAUGAGUGACUAUAUAAAUCAUGUGUAACCCAACUAUUAAGGUGCUAAAUGAAGAGUCAACAUUUCAAAAAGAAUGACAUUGACUGUGUCACAUUGUUUGGUUUCAUAUUGCCACCUUUUGUUUGUGUAUUUGAGAAUAAAUUUGAUACUUA